UUAUUCACACAAUGAUUAGGGCAGGAUGAACGUUGGGCGAUGCUUGUGGAAGAAGGCCACUGCGUGUAAGUCUUCCUCCCAGCUAGCAGCGAUCAGACGAGGCGCGCUGUUUGGAAUGGAGGCGCCCAUCGCUGUUGCCGCUGGAGACACGGGCAACGUUCACGUCGUGCCCUCCUCAGAGGCCUGGCGCAACAAAUUCUCGGAGCUCACCUCCAAUCCCAAGAAGCUGGCAGUGGUUGAUUUUACUGCGGCUUGGUGCCCCCCUUGCAAGAUGAUUGCACCUUUCUUCAAUGACUUGUCCAAGACAUACGACUCGGUGGUGUUCCUCAAGGUGGAUGUUGAUCAAUUGCAGGAUGUUGCUGCGGAAUGGAGGAUAGAGGGGAUGCCAACAUUUGUUUUCAUGCUUGCGGGAAAGGAGGUACACAGGAUUGUUGGGGCAAAUAAGCCAGAGUUGGAAGCUAAACUGAUGCAAUUUGCAAAAAGUUAAGUUUAUAGGUUUAGAGGUGUCAUUGGCUAAUGUUAAAUAAUUUGCAUACAAUUGGAAUUAUUUGCAAUAUAAGAUAAAUAAUGUAGUUUCUUUU